GAACCUCAGAAUAGCCUGCAAUAAGGAUCAUAUUCCCUCAGACAUGCCUUCAUCUCUCAACCUCAGCUAUCUCGACAUUGUCAAUCGUGCAGACAACUUCCAUCUCUACCCUCCCAAACCUAGUGCGGAGGCGCUUGUACCAUUUCUCCUCUCCCCUUCUCACUCCGCAUACCCACCUAUCGGUCUCAUUCGGCCUAGCGUCCUGUUGGAGCUGCAGAAAGACAAAGAAUGGCGCAAGUCUCACGGCCUCAAAGAGAUUUGGGAUAUCCAGCUCGCGCCUUUGGCCCAUCGCUCAUAUGUGGCUUUUGCUCCCUCCUGCAACACCCCGGCUAAGCGCACGCGCGCCAUGAAAGAGACUUGUACGCGCUGGCGUGACUCGGGCAUUUUCCCUGAUAUCAUUGGGCCCAGCAAGUGGCGCUCGGAGUGGUACGACGUGUAUAGGACGCCGUUCGGAGCGCUCCGUGUCGAAGGUGGAGAGCCGAUGGAGUACGAGGGCGGCGAGAAGGAGGAAAACUACGCGUUCUCGAUGGAGCGCUCGGCGUGCGCGCUGUUUGGUGUCGUCACUUUUGGCGUGCAUCUGUCAGUAUAUGAAGAGGAUGAGGACGGCAUCAGAAUGUGGAUUCCGAGGAGGGCAAAGACGAAGCCUACAUGGCCGGGCUACCUCGACAACAGCGUCGCGGGCGGUAUUCCUGGUGGUAUCACCCCGUACGAAAGCAUUGUCAAGGAAGCGAUGGAAGAAGCUAGCCUGCCGGCGGACCUAGUGCACAAAUAUAUCAAGGCUACGGGUUGUAUCAGCUACUUUUAUCAGACCGACCGGGGGUGGCUGCAGCCGGAAGUAGAGUUCGUAUACGACAUGCGGGUUCCCAAGGGCGAAAUAGACCUACGUCCCAUGGAUGGAGAAGUAGAGUCAUUCGCGUUGCUGCCUUUAGAUGAGGUCAUAUCUCACAUGCGCGCAGGGGAAUUCAAGGCGAACUGUGCAAUUGUCAUCAUCGACUUUCUCAUCCGAAAAGGUCUGAUUACCCCUGAAAACGAGCCAGAUUUUCUGGAAAUCAUCACUCGGUUGCAUGGGCGAUUCGAUAUUGAGCGGUGGUGACUGUAUCUGUCCCUGGCUAACACCCAGGAUCCCGCGACGAACACCCACUAUCUGUGAACAGGUUAGAAAGAGAGUGGGGGACACGAUAUUCUGAAGGAUUCCAAGGGCUUUGAAGAAAUUCAAUCGACUGCAUAGAGAUUUUCGGAUGUACUUAGUCCUGCACUAGUCCUGCUCGAUUAGGCGCCCUAAUCACCUCGUGGCCCCGAAUCAUCGGACAUGGGCGGCACUUUUGGAGUGUGACUACCAGAUAUGAAUUCAGAGGAUAGCUGUCUGACCGU